CACAGACAUGGCAUUGGACGUUGAGAGACAGAGGUCGCACAGACUUUAUUAGAUGUCUCGAUUUACAUGUCCGAUAUAUCCCAGGAUUCAAACCCAACCACCUGACGAGGACAAAUGAAGGAAUACCAACCGCGACAAAAGGAAGGAGGGUGAUCCCAGCCGUUGCACAGGAUACUUGCUAACCGCUCAUCUUGGUAAAGGAGGCCAUGGGCAGCGUAGGUGCGGAAUACCCGGGCAUCGUCGUAGAGCGCAUGUUGUAUCAGAGGCGGAGAGAUCGAGGGUAUGAUGGCGCAUCAACUCAUGCUGAAGAAUCGAAAAUGAUUGACAAACGUGUCGACUCAGCCUCAAGUCAGUCUCGGUCCCUUCUGAGUCGUAACCACGGACCUUAUUUCGACCUCACUCCUUCCUCGGUACGAAGUUUCGACCAAGCCGACCAAGUAAACCAAGCCCAACUGUCUCAUGGCAGCGCAAGGAGCAUUUUACUAUAUCAACCGCUUGCUUCCCUUUCAGCACUCUUCAAUCUUCAAACGUCGGCCAUCGGCGAACCGAGCCAGGUUGAGCUGUCCAGGGCGCCGGAAAGCAGGUCUUGGCCGUUUCUUGGCGAGAUAGGCCGAUUUUCCUCAUUUUGUCUAGCAGCAAGGAAUGGUUUCGUAAGCCCGCGAGGAUUUUCAGUGGCUUGACAAGGGCGGCAAGUAUUUGCGAUUUUUAUCGCAGGUAGCAGCGGGGCAAGCCAGCUCACGAUUACGUGCACUUGACUUUCUUAAUUUGAUUCAAAUUGACAUUCUAGCGGAAUACCGUCAGCGGCAUCGAUUCCCUUGUGACUGGUGCUAGGGAGAGGAUCCAGAAAAUCCGACAUAGGAUUGGUCGCCGGUAUCUGUCAGUUGAGGCAUCGGCCCG